ACACUCUAUUAUACCUUCUAUGUGCAUAUCUUACAUGCAUCGGCUGUCGUCCGACGUGUUACUCGUACCUUACUGCCUAACUUUCUUCAUCAAAUAUUUAUAUCUUGUCUAUCAAAUCAAACUGACUGGUAAUAAUGGCGGAUAUUAUAGGAACGGAUACUUCCCCUGCCCAUCGGCGGGAGGUGUUCUAUGCGGGUGGACAAUACGUACCCGAUGCCGAUGGAGCACAUUCACUACAGGGACAGAUGUAUGUCGAGCGGCUCAUUCCCGUAGAAGUCAAAAGCAACACAAAUAGACCGUUUCCAAUAGUAUUUAUCCAUGGAGCUACACGGUCGGGGAUGGACUGGUUGACGAAGCCCGAUGGGCAACUGGGCUGGGCUUCGUAUUUCUUAUCUCAGGGGUUUGAAUGCUAUUUAGUCGAUCUACCAUAUCGUGGUAGAAGUCCAUGGUAUCCGGGUAACGGGAAAAUGAUGGUAUAUCCAGCUGAACCCAUCAUGAGUUCAUUCACAGCUUGCAAGGACCAAGGUACAUGGCCUCAGGCGAAACUGCAUACCCAGUGGCCUGGCGCAGGUGUCAAAGAUGACCCGAUAUUCGACCAAUUCUAUGCCUCGGGACUCCAAAUCCUGGACGACGUCACGGAACAAGAGAAGGUGUCUCAAGCCGCCUGUGCCGCGUUGCUAGAUCGUAUCGGAAAGCCAGUCAUAUUGCUCGGUCAUUCGGCCGGUGGUUCAGUUCCUUGGCUUGCCGCGGAUAUCCGCCCAAACUUGGUGGAAAUGAUUAUAGCUAUUGAGCCGACCGGCCCUCCAUUCUCCAAAUGGGGUGUCAGGCCUGGACCAGGCGCUGCAUACGGCAUCACUAAUGCACCUCUCAUCUACGAUCCCCCGGUGGCGGAUCCGGAGAAGGAUUUCGUGAAGACGGUUAUCGCAGCACCAGCCGCUGAACUUACGGAUUGUAACGCCCAAGCCGAAUCCCCGCCUCCACGACAGCUAAUUAACCUAAUAGACAGAAAGGUGUUAUUGGUAACGGCACAAGCAUCGUAUCACUCGCAGUAUGAUUGGGGCACUUUUCGAUACUUAAAACAAGCCGGGGUCAAAGACGUAACUCACCUGAAAUUGGAAGAGAAGGGGCUUUAUGGGAAUGGCCAUAUGAUGUUUAUGGAGAAGAACAGCGAUGAAGUGGCUGCUGAGUUAUUAAUAUGGAUUGAUGAAUACCAGUCAACAGCAUAAAGAAGAUAUUCGGUAUAUACGAUGUCUGUUUUUUAUGAUGUCGUUUUGGUAAAAGGCUUGCCCUGUGAUGUGGAACAAAUAUCGCUAUCUUGGGUUCCGGCCUGCUAUAAAUAAAGAUAAUAGGUGAUCGCUAUGUGGCUCUAGUAGGUGAUUCUAGUGAGCGAAACGAGGACAUUAACACUCUGUUUAUCUUCCACUAAUUUGAUAUCUUAGCGGAUAUAUCGCUGAAAUAUAGUGGACCUAGCGGGCGACUAUAGCGCACCUAUAUAAGGCGCUCUGAUAGAGCUAUUCGGCCUGUCGCAAGCCUCGUAGGCUCCCUGGAAAUCCUCCUAAUGCUAGCGCCUAAUUCAGUGCGGGGUUAACACAUAGGUAGCCGGUAGGGCACGCUUCGGAUUAAUAGCGCAUCAGUGUAAAGGCCUUGAUAGCAGACCAGGCCCGCUCGUCUAAACACGCUCUCUACACUGUCAUUACACCAGCUUAUGGCGGACACAAGUAAGUGCUACAGUGGCUACAUUAAAUACCUAGGUACCUAGGUAGGCUUCACGCCGAUAUAUUACAGGG